GUCAGUGGUACAGUCAAAGUCAGUUGUUAUACAGCCUUAGCAGGAAAAAGAAAGCUGGUAAGAUGAAUUGCAAUUUACUGACUGUUUUACUCGUCGCAUUAGUGGGCUGUGCACAGGCAAGAUCAACAAAAAAUGCAAAAAGCUGUUGCCCGUGUUGCCCACCUCCUCCACCGCCAAUGAUGCCACAGAUACCGGCGCAACAGGGAUGUGGUGAGCCCCCACGAGGUGUCGGAUGUGCGCCACCCUUGCAAGCUCCCUGCCCUCCUGGACCACCGAUAGGAAUGCCCCCAGUAGCACCCCCGUGCAUGCCAAUGGCACAACCAAUGGCACUACCGGUACCACCACCACUAACUAUGGGACAAGCUGGUUGUCCUGAGAGUCCUCGUCAAGGAUGUAUUGGUCUCCCUCCUGCAUCACCCCCAUGCUCACCUCCACCUCGUGCACCACCAGCACCAUGCCCACCUCCUCGAGCCCCUCCUUCUUCAAAAUGCUGCCCUGCCCCGGCAUGCUGCAAAAAAUCGCACAAAUCACAUUAACUUGUCACAGAUCAAUAAU